GCGUAUAGAGCACGUUUCUAGAGGCUGCCUGUGUGACAUGUGACACUGCCAUAGACUGAACACAGGAAGUGUGAACAUCCAGCACUGUUAAGCCAGAAAAGCAGGCAGUCCCGGCGAAGGGGGAGGCGAAGCAGGAUUGCUGCAUGAAAACCGAGCUGCUGCGAGAGGAAGAGGUCUCCAUGGCCGCAGAUGAGGGCUCGGCGGAGAAGCCGGGAGGAGAGGCCUCCGUGGCCGCCGACAGGGAAACCAACGGGGCCUGUGACAGGAGCGACGCCGGCAGGCAUCUGAGCGCAGGGGAGCUCACUCAGGAAAACGCGAAAGCCAGCCCCCAGGAAGGUCCCAAUAAACUAGCCCGGAUAGCGGAAAACGGGCUUUCAGAACGAGACGCGGAAGCGGCGAAGCAGAACCACGUGGCGGCUGACGACCUCACGCAGACCGCCGUCGUCGGCAGCAACGGCUACUUCCUGAGCCAGCCAGCCCUGCCGGAGCAGCCUCCGCGCGUCACCAGCACUUUGGCCUCUUCUCUCCCCGGCCAUGCUGCGAAGACCCUUCCUGGGCCCGCCGGCAGAGGGAGGACUCCCAGCGCCUUCUCUCAGAUGCCCGCCGCGGUGCCCGCCAAGCCCGGGGAGGGGAGUAAGGACACGGAGGACAGGAAGCCCGCGGUGCCGGGCACCGAUGUCAAGGUUCACAGGGCACGGAAGACCAUGCCGAAGCCCGUCCUGGGCCUGCACACAGCCAGUAAGGAUCCCAGGGAAGUUCGAGAAGGUCGUGAGCGCGAGGAACCAAAAGAGGAGAUGGGCAAAAGCGUUUCUGAGUUUGGACGACAGCCGCUCUUACCCCCCUUCCCAGCCCUGCACCAGUCGCUACCUCAAAACCAGUGCUACGUGGCCACCACGAAGUCCCAGACAGCUUCCUUGCCUUUUGUUUUAGCAGCUGCAGUGUCUCGGAAGAAAAAGCGAAGAAUGGGAACCUAUAGCCUGGUUCCCAAGAAAAAGACCAAAGUGCUGAAACAGAGGACGGUGGUGGAGAUGUUUAAGAGCAUCACGCAUUCCACGGUGGGCUCCAAGGGCGAGAAGGAGCUGGGCGACAGCACCCUGCACGUCAACGGGGACAGCCUGGAGAUGGACUCAGAGGACGACGAGUCAGAGGAGCUGGACGAGGAUGAGGACCAGGGGGCCGAGCGGGCCGCAGCCUGCCCCACAGAGGACGGCAGGGCUUCUCGAGAGGGCGUGCCGGGGACGGAGCGCACCCAGCAGGUGGACGGCGAGUCUGACGAUGAGCAGGAGUCGGCAGGCACCGGGGAGGAGGAGGACGGGGACGAGUCCGACCUGAGCUCCGAAUCCAGCAUCAAGAGGAAGCUUCUCAGGAGGAAAGGGAAGCCUGACAGCCCUUGGGUCAAGCCGGCCAGGAAGAGGCGGCGGAGAAGCAGGAAGAGGCAAAGCAGCAUGCUGGGUUCUGAAGCCUACGCGUCGUCUUCAGGAAGCGCAGAGCAGGCGGCACCUGGGGACGGCGCAGCAUACGUGGAGGUGUCUCUAGACUCCCUGGACCUGCGUGUCAAGGGGACGCCGCCCUCGCAAGCAGAAGGGCUGGCCAAUGGUCCAGACGCGGUGGAGACGGAUGGCCUCCAGGAGGUGCCCCUCUGCAGCUGCCGAAUGGAAACCCCGAAGAGCCGCGAGAUCACCACCCUGGCCAACAACCAGUGCAUGGCCACAGAGAGUGUGGACCACGAGCUGGGCAGGUGCACCAACAGCGUGGUCAAGCAUGAGCUCAUGCGCCCGUCCAGCAGGGCGCCCCUCCUGGUGCUGUGUGAAGACCACCGGGGCCGGAUGGUGAAGCACCAGUGCUGUCCUGGCUGCGGCUACUUCUGCACGGCGGGCAACUUCAUGGAGUGUCAGCCCGAGAGCGGCAUCUCCCACCGCUUCCACAGAGACUGUGCCUCUCGAGUCAACAACGCCAGCUACUGUCCCCACUGUGGGGAGGAGGCCUCCAAGGCCAAAGAGGUGACGAUCGCAAAAGCAGACACGACCUCCACCGUGACCCUGGGCCCCGGGCUGGAGAAGAGCUGCACUCUGGAGGGCAGGGCCGACACCACCACGGGCAGUGCUGCUGGAGCCCCGCUCUCAGAGGAUGACAAGCCACAGAGCUCGGUCCCCGCAGCCGCCGAGAGCUUCGACCCCACGGGGCCGGCCGGGCUGGCAAGGCCGGGACCCGGGAAGGAGACCUUGGAAAGCGCUCUCAUCGCCCUGGACUCGGAAAAACCCAAGAAGCUGCGCUUCCACCCGAAGCAGCUGUACUUCUCCGCCAGGCAAGGGGAGCUGCAGAAAGUGCUUCUCAUGCUGGUUGAUGGAAUCGACCCCAACUUCAAGAUGGAGCACCAGAACAAGCGCUCCCCACUGCACGCCGCGGCAGAGGCCGGCCACGUGGACAUCUGCCACAUGCUGAUCCAGGCGGGAGCCAACAUCGACAGCUGCUCCGAGGACCAGCGGACCCCGCUGAUGGAGGCUGCUGAGAACAACCACCUGGACGCGGUGAGGUACCUCAUCAAGGCCGGGGCCCUCGUGGACCCUAAGGACGCAGAGGGCUCCACCUGUUUGCACCUGGCUGCGAAGAAAGGCCACUACGAUGUGGUUCAGUACCUGCUUUCAAAUGGGCAGAUGGACGUCAACUGUCAGGAUGACGGCGGUUGGACACCCAUGAUUUGGGCUACUGAGUACAAGCACGUGGACCUGGUGAAGCUGCUGCUAUCCAAGGGGUCAGACAUCAACAUCCGAGACAACGAGGAGAACAUUUGCCUGCACUGGGCCGCCUUCUCGGGCUGCGUGGACAUAGCCGAGAUCCUGCUGGCCGCCAGGUGCGACCUGCACGCCGUGAACGUCCACGGGGACUCGCCCCUGCACAUCGCCGCCCGUGAGGACCGCUACGCCUGUGUCGCCCUCUUUCUCUCUCGGGAUUCAGAUGUGAACUUGAAGAACAAGGAGGGGGAGACGCCCCUGCAGUGCGCCAGCCUCCACUCCCAGGUGUGGGGCGCCCUGCAUAUGAGCAAGGCGCUCCGCGACUCGGCCCCAGAGAGGCCCGUCCCGACGGAGAAGACGGUGAGCAGAGACAUCGCUCGAGGCUACGAGCGCAUCCCUAUCCCCUGUGUCAACGCCGUGGACAGUGAGCCGAGCCCCAGCAACUAUAAGUAUGUGUCCCAGAACUGCGUGACGUCCCCCAUGGCCAUCGACAGGAACAUCACGCACCUGCAGUACUGCGUGUGCAUCGACGACUGCUCCUCCAGCAACUGCAUGUGUGGCCAGCUCAGCCUGCGCUGCUGGUACGACCAGGAUGGCCGGCUGCUGCCCGAGUUCAACAUGGCGGAGCCGCCCUUGCUCUUCGAGUGCAACCACGCCUGCUCCUGCUGGAGGAGCUGCCGGAACCGCGUCGUGCAGAACGGCCUGCGGGCGAGGCUGCAGCUGUACCGGACGCAGAGCAUGGGCUGGGGCGUGCGGACCCUGCAGGACAUCCCCGCGGGCACCUUCGUCUGCGAGUACGUCGGCGAGCUCAUCUCCGACUCCGAGGCUGACGUCCGGGAGGAGGACUCCUACCUCUUUGACCUGGACAACAAGGUGAUGUGCCCCAGGGGUCGGGCUUCUGCGCAGAGCUGAUGGUGACCGCGCCCAUGGCGUGUCUUCUGGGGCCGGCGCCCGCAAAGCGGCCUGUCCGUGUAGCAUCUCCCCGGCCGGAGCUGGCCUCCCUUCUGUGGCGUCCUCAGAUGAGACCCUGACCUGGAGGUCCCUCGGCCUGUGCAGCACGUGGCUUGCCUCACAUCAAGCUGGAGCAGCACGUGUGUCACUCUGGCGCCUUGUGGGCCAGAGUCCGGGGGGCCGUGUGCAGAGUAGCACCUGGCUUCUGUCCAGUCCAGCACCCUGGUCUCCGGGGGCAUGUCCCAGACCGUCACACCACCGCUCCCAGACCCUGGCUUGCAAGGUUGCUCCUGUGUUCACAGAACGCCUGUCUCAGAGCUUCCUGGGAUGCCCGUCCAUGCCCGUGGGAGCAAGGGUGGGGUGCAGGUGGGGAAAUGAGGUGCUUUCCUCUGCAGCCGCAGCCAUCUGCCCAUCUGUGGUUACCCUGUGGCUGGGGCAAAGCCAGGCGGUGCCUUCCCCCGGCCCUGCCCCUGUUACCUGCUAAGGGAUCUCUGUGUGGGACACAAGCUUUCCACCCAGGACAGCUGGCCAGACCUUGCCCAGGGUGUCCCGGGCCCCCGUGUGCGCGUGCGCUGCUGCUCGGGCUCCGCUGCGUGUGCCAGCGAUUUCCCGCGGGGGCGCAGUCUUUGUGUUCCGGCCGAGCGCCAUCCCUGUGCCCCAGGCUGUGCACGUGCUGCCCGUGUGCAGCUUGUCUGCUUCUCGCGGCGUCUUCCGUCAGCAGAGGUGGUCACUUUGGUUGUAGUCGGGCGUCCCAGUCUUCCCUUGGAUCCACUGGGUUUCUGUGACGUCCUCCGCGAGGCUUUCUCAAACCUGCGGUCACAGAUGCGCACUGGCCGUUUGGUAGAGGCCACACUGCACCGCCACGUUCUUCUGCUUUGCUCGUCCCCACGUUGACAAGGGUGCCUUUCCCCACUACUCGGCCGUGCAGCUGUGGCCAUAGCUCCGGUGUCCAUGGUGCUGUCUGUCCUGGGCUGUCACGAGUGCCUUGUGUCUCUUGGUCCUUUGCAGUUUCCGGAAGUGAGUCUUAAGGUCGACCUGACGACUUCUAUAAACUCCUGUAGGGUUCGGGGGGCGGCAUGGAACCCGCAAACCUGGCGAGGUCAGGGGUCUCGCACCUCCUCCUCUGGUUCAUAGGCUCGGUGUGUCUGUCCUUGCCUAAGCCUUUAGUCACCCCCAAGAAUGGUUUGUGAUUUCCCUCUGUUGAAGUUUUUUUUGAUACAUUCUUGCUAUUUUUUUUUCUUUCGGAUCAACUCUAUUACGAUUAAUUUAUACACUGCGUGGUCUUAGUUUUGAUAAAUGCACACAGCAGUGUGAUCAGUGCCAUAGGCACGCUAUGGGACAUUUCCGUCACCCUGAACUCCCUGUGCCCUGUCGACCACAGAGCUGCUCUGUCUCGCAGGUGAGUUUUACCUGUGUUGACGUUUCCUUUGGUGGAGUCAGGCGUGUGCUCCUCUCUGUGUCUGCUGUGAUCUGCCUGGCGGGCUGAGUGUCUGUGGCCGGUGGCCGUGCGGGUUCGCCCCGGCGUGUGCGGGGCCUGCAUGCUUUCAGCUCCUGUGACCACGCAAGGACCUGCUGGGAACUCGCGCAGUCUUGCUCAUCGUGGCAUGAGCCUUGAUUUCUCUUGCACCACUUCUGGGAGUAGGACUGCCAUCCGGGGCGUGUGUAUGUAAUAUUUAAAGGAUGGACACUUGGCGUUAGCGUCACAGCAAGGAGGGUGUAGCACUACGUGACCGGCACGAGCGGCCCUCACAGGCUUUUCUGGAGGAAAAAACUCCUUGCCCGUCAGGUAGUUGGGCUGCUUGUCCCCACUGAGCCACAAGCACUGGUCCCGAUUCCUGGUCGGACGUGCACGCGGCCUCCUCACCCCCUGAGCAUGUCCGUCGCAGAGCAGACGUGCUUUUACUGGUUGCUGCUCUGUGGCAGAAGGGACCUUUGCUGCUGCGGGCCCGUGAAGCUCUCUCUCUCUCAGAGCCCGGCCCGCCCUGCCUGCACGCCUGUGGGUGAGGCGAUGGGGGCGUGUGUCCGCAAGAGCACACUCACUCCAGCCCCGGCUUGCGCUGGCCCAGCGAGCUUCUGCUCGCAGGGGCGGGGGCGGCCUGCGUCUGGCAGUGCCACGCUCCUCCCGUUUGCCGACCCGCGGACCUGCGUCCAUCCACCCGAUUGCCGUCGGUUUAGGUAAACCCUGAAGCCCCGCGGCAUUGUCUUCACACUAAGCUCUUUCUAAACCCUCUCAACUCUUCUGUGCCGCCUGCAUUUGCACGUACGUUUAGAACCAAUGUGCCAAAGGGCUCAGAGCCAGGCCGCUGCUAAGGUCUGAUGAGGACAGGGCCAGUCCUGCUGAUUGGCUCAGGGUGUUGGCAUCUGCAUGGGUCACAUCUUCCCUUGGUCCUGGCGUCUCUGUCCAGGGCUCGGGGCCCCUGAGCCGGGUCCACGGAGCCCUGCAGCUUCCGGCGCGCAGCGCCUGCGCACGGCCCCACUGUCCCGAGUGGUUCCUGCCCGCGGUGCUGCUGUGGACAGGGUGGCUUCUCGGUGCCAUCGGCUCUUGGGAGUAUUCAGGGUUUGGGUGCUGACCUCGCCAAAUGCUCUUAUCAACUGGGACCUCUUCUGAAGAUGCCUUAGAGUCUUCUGCAUGCAUCAUAGUGUUGCGUGAGUCGGGACAGCUUCACCUUUUCUUUCUAUCUGUGUACCUCUGCUGCUUGUCCUUGCCUCGCUGUCACCAGGGCGGGCGUUCAUUCCCUGUCUGGGAAGUCCGGCAUAAGCUUUCCAGGAGCCCCAGAGCAGUGUCCUGCUUCCACGUCGCUGAGCACGCUCGUGAAUCUUUUCAAAGUCGGCCGGUGGAGGCGCAGCUUCCAGACAGCGCCGCGCCCUCCGAUGGGCACAGCUCUCUGUUUGCACGAACGGCCCCUGCGUCAGUGCAGCUCCUGCAGGGCGAGUGGCCGCGAGCCUCGUGCAUUCAGACAGCCCGCCUUGGCCUCGGUCGGUGAGCUCAGCCGGGUCCUCUGCUCAGAGUCUCCCAGGUCGUGCAGGCGCUGUGGAACUAUGUCCUUCUGGACUUUGGACCUCAAGGGGCCUCAGCUUUACACGGUGGUUGUCAGAACUCAAUUCUUGGCUGCGGGACUGAGGUCCCGCUUUGUCACUGGCUAGCUUGGGGCACCGCAGUUCCUUGCCCAUGGCCCCCGGCACAGCAGUGCACUUCUUAAUGGCCAGCAGGGGAAUCUGUGUGUUGGAGCCUCACACAAUGUGACAUGAUCACAAGAGUGACACCAUGGCCUUCGCCACACUGCUGGUGAGAAGCCGUCACGGGCUGUCUCAGAUCCAGGGGCGGGGUCACACGAGAGAGGCUGGGGUUAGCUGGUGCUCCGUGCUUGCGCAUGUGGACCAGCUCCCUGCACGGCGGCCCUUCCUUUCUCAGGAAGUCCCAGUUUCUGGUGCUGGGGUGACUUCCGGGACCCAAAGCAGGAUACGGUGCUCGUUACCCUUGGGCGCCCCCAGCCCCGCACCCAUUUUUCAGAGGUCGUAACUCCAGAAUAAACGGAUUUUAAAAAUA